AUGUCAUUCUGUUAAGAGUAAUUUUUUAUUAAUAUGUGAAGACCCAAAGUUGAUUGUUAAUACCUGAAAUCUGUUUUGAAGAAUCUUAAUAACAGGUUGAACACAUUAGAAAAUGCAAAUCAGAAUUAAGAAUAGAUAAAUAUUGAAGUCUUAGAUAAAAUUAAUAAACAAUUAGUUAUCCCUAAACUUAAACUAAAUAAAAUUCAAAUGGGAAUUAUUGAAAACAAUAUUCCUUAAAAGAAAGUCUUAGUAACUUUUGGAAAUAAAGAGAAUUUUAGAACAGAAAAUAGUGAUUUUAUUGGGGAUAAAAUAGAUUAAACAAUUUUAACUAUGAACUAACAUUCCCCUCAUUAAAUAAAUUAAAACACACCUUAAUCAAAUGUGAUAAAUUAAUAAUUCUAAUUUACAUAAUGGAAAGAUAAUAAGUUAAAUAAUAUUUAUAAAUAAUAACCUUAACUCAAAUUAGUAAAAUAGGAAUCCAAUCUAAUCCAUCCUAUUUUUUCAAAGAAGAAUUCUGAUUAAUAAUCAUAAGAGGGUAAAUUUUAUACUCGUAAUAAUUCUAUAUAGUCAACUCCUGUAAAAUAGAUUGCAUAUCAUUCAUCAAUGGGAACUACACCAUUAAGAAGAAAGAAUUCAAAGAAAACUGGUGAUUUAUUUAUAAAUUCCUUAUAAAUUGAUGAUAUGAUGCAAAAUUAAAGUAAAUUUCUCAAAUAUUUUUAAUAAAAUUAUGGAUCAUUUAAAAAAGGUAAUAUUUAAGAUAAUUCUACAAUAAAUUAAUAAAGAAGAACUUCUUUAAAAUUUUAAAAUAGAAUUACUUUAACUGAUGCUUAAAUGAUAAAAAUUUGA